UUUUACAAUAAGUAAUCAAUCGCUUGAAAAUGUUAGAGGCAGUGAAAACUUUUUUUUGGGGACGAAUUAGGUCCUUAAAGCGCAAGUUAAAAUCUUUCCCUCGAUUGCAUACCGCCUUUUAUUUCUUUGGAUUGGAGAAGGGCUGCAGGAUAAUAGCAAUUAUUGAAGCCUUGAUGAGCCUGGUGCAGAUCCUAAUCAUACAUCACCAACUCAGGGAAUCGGGUCCUAGUUCAAUGCUUCCGGAUCCCCAUUGGGUCACCAGAAUGGAUCAACAGGGCAUAAUUCGGAGGAUUUUCCUUUAUCGCACAACCCACUACUUCACCAUGGGCCUCGAUUUGGUCACGGUUCUCAAUUCGAUACUGCUUAUUAUCGGAAGCAAAUGGGGCUAUCAAGUUUGCCUUUUCCUCUGGAUAUAUAAUUCAGUCUUUACGACUAUUGUGACGAAUCUCAAUAAUACCAUGCGCAACUUUACUAUUACGCAAGUUUUCUUAGCAGUGCCGUCAAUAACUCUUGAAACAUAUUAUAUGCUCAUAGUGGCGUCAUUAAUUUCCAAGUUAAAUGAAAAAGCCCAUGAUCGCAACUUGGAAUCGGAAGGACUAUCCUCGGAAAGCGACGAGCUGUAGAAAACUAAACCUAAUCAAGUUUUCGAAAACACAAGUAUUUUUUGGUUAUUAGCAGAAAGCUCCAAAUAAAAGCUAUGGAAAGUC